AUGUCCAAAGAGAUUGCCCUUGCGGGAUGUUCCUUUGUUAAGCAAGUCAGAUACUUAAAACAGAAAUCUGGAUUCUUGUACACUGCCUUAUAUUUAAAGCAAUGUGCAGUAUCCUUACAGCGGUACUAUGCUGGUAAUUACCAUAAAGGUGAUUUACUUUCUGUUCCAGUAUCCCUGACCAGGUGUGGUAUUCCCAAGAUCAUACCCGCUGUAUUACGAAAACACGUAAGAGCGAAGUCUGAUCGAGGUGAUAAAUUGGUUAAACUUUACCUAUCUUGGUUUGGUUUAGCUAAGUUGAUAUUGGUUGCCAAGAAAGUGACUAAGGCAACCUUUUCUUCUAUGGCUUCUCCUCACCCUGAUAUUGGGAGAGUUUUGGAAGUCCUAGAUGAGAUUAAAACCUCUUUUAGAGACCUCCAACCAAUCUAUCUACCACACCUCCAAAACAUUCCCUUGGAAUUAGGAAUGUCUUGGGAACCAACUUGGAAAAGUACCCCCUUAUUAGACAAUUUCGUCCGUAGUUUUGACUUAAAAGUGGACGAUACAGUCGAUAAGGAGGCUGCAAAGUAUGCUAAGGAUCAUAAUAUCUUUGUGAACCUGAAACAUGAAAUUGCAGCUUUUAUCUGGAAUAUUCAAAAAAUUAAUUCAAUUCCAGAUGGGUUCUUUUCACCUGGUAUUUUAUGGUCUAAAAUGGUAUAUUACCCUUUUGACCGUAAUAAUACCCGGUUUGCUAACGAAAUGUUCAAUUAUUUUGAAUCUGCUGUGGGUCCCUAUUUUAGUACGUUACUAGGGGCUUACACAGGGGUUCCGUUAGCAACUGGUCGGUUAGCUCAGGUGAUUGAGGGAGGUGGUAAGAGACGUAUCUUUGCAAUUUGCAACUAUAUUAAGCAAAGAUUACUGUUUCCUGUCCACAAGUGGGCAAUGAAGGUUCUAUCCAGUAUUCCAACUGAUGGAACUUUCGACCAAGAGCGUCCGUUGUUGAGAUUUAAAUCAAAGAGAAAACGUCAAACAUUUUCCUUUGACUUAAAAUCAGCAACAGACCGUUGGCCAUUGAGUGUUAUAUACUCCCUUAUGUCUUGUAUAUUCGGGAGUACUUUAGCAUCUUCAAUAGUCAACAGCUCGUUGGGCCUCAACACAUUUCUUGUCUUACCUCCCAUGAUUAAGGCAAGAAUGAGUGAGGUUGCCUUUCUGACUGGACAGCCCUUGGGUUACUACGGAUCUUGGUCAUUGUUUGCAUUGUCACACCAUUAUAUUGUAUGGUUGGCAGCAAAAAGAGCAUAUCCGAGGAAUAGGACUCCUUUUACUGACUACGCUUUACUAGGUGAUGAUAUCCUAAUCACCGACGUAAAAGUGGCAGAGCAGUACAGACAAUUACUGGAUCAGCUCGGUGUUACCAUUUCAGAAUAAAAAUCGAUUAUAUCUUAAAAUGGUACCAUCGAGUUUGCUAAAAGGUAUUGGACGAAAGAUAUGCAAAUUGAUCUUUCUCCAAUAUCUCUUAGAGCGUUGUUGUCUUGGGCAUACACAGGGGUUCCGUUAGCAACUGGUCGGUUAGCUCAGGUGAUUGAGGGAGGUGGUAUGAGACGUAUCUUUGCAAUUUGCAACUAUAUUAAGCAAAGUUUAUUGUUUCCUGUCCACAAGUGGCCAAUGAAGGUUCUAUCCAGUAUUCCAACUGAUGGAACUUUCGACCAAGAGCCAAAAAGUGCAUAUCCGAGGAAUAGGACUCCUUUUACUAACUACAUUUUACUAGGUGAUGAUAUCCUAAUCACCAACGUAAAAGUGGCAGAGCAGUACAGACAAUUACUGGAUCAGCUCGGUGUUACCAUUUCAGAAUCAAAAUUGAUUAUAUCUUAA